AUGGUAGUCGAAUCGGGACAAUAUGAUAUGAGAAAUGAAUGCUUUCAUUGGAAAUCAAUCUCUACGGGUAUAGAGGAGAAAUAUCAUCCAGACAUAUACGCGGACAAUGUGAAAACACUUGGAAUAUCUUCAAAAGUGGAUUUCGUUAUCAUUGGAGCCUACGAAAUGACCAAGCUAAAGGUGUUCUCAAGAGAAGUUGCAGAAAGUGAAUUUUGUACUUCUGACACUAUUUUCUUAGUUGAUUGUACCAUUGCUGCUGGACUAGAAGAGGAGAUAAAUAUUGCAAACUGCUUUGCAACCUACUUUGAUUUGAGUACUAAAGAAGUCAAAAGGGGGUCAACAGUGAUUCUCCAAUAUGAAAAUGGCACCACAGUUGCAAUUGGCUCAUCGUUCUUGAAGAAAGAGUUAAAUCAACAGGAAAAUAUAUUGAAGAGAAUUAUAGAAGGUGAAGGUGUUUUAGGUGCCAACCUAAAGAAAUUGAAGGAGUUACUAAAAUUGCAGUAUAUUCAGACGGUGCAUUUAAUACCGCCAGAUAGAACACCUUCGGUUGGAAGCUAUUGCUGGAAACAGGUGAUCCCUUUGAUUAAUUUUCAGGUUCUCUGGAUAAUAUAUUCCAGUAUCGACGACAAGAUAUUAAAUGGAGUGUUUAAAGAGUUGGUGACUAUUGCAAGAAGUGUGGGGGCUUUAGAAUUUCCCAAACCCACAGAUGAGGGAAAGAUGAUCUUACAACUCCAAUCAAUGGUUGAGAAAUACAAUAAAAAAACUAAUUCCAAGUAUCAAAUGAUGAAUAUCCAGGGGAGUCAACUAUGCAAUACUACUACAGAUUUAUAUGCAGAAGGGAAUCAGGAAAUACCUGAUGCAAUUUACAACUUUGAAAAUGGGAAUGGAACAAUGAUCAGGUUUGUAUUGAGUCAUUUGCUCUUUCUUUCGAGCAAGCAUAAAGUCAAAACUCCUUAUUUGGAGUGUAUUCAGAGUUUCUAUUUGAAGAUUGAAAGAUUAAAAGCAGAGUCAAGUUUCAAUUGGAUCAGGAAAAAAAGCACGAUAGUGCCUGUUAUCUCUGCCCAUCCAUUACAAAGCUCUUGUCAAUAUCCACAAACAGCAAACAAUACAAUGAUUGGAAGACAAGGAUGGAAUCAGGCAUCUGCAGGACUUGUUUCAAUACAUCCCCGGUUUCAUAAUGAUGAUUUGAACUCUAGUGGUAGCAGCAUUGGAGGAAAGUCAAAUAAUACUCCCUCAGUUCAGCAAGUGAAGAACAGUCUCUACGGAAAAACAUCGGCAUCUUCAUUUGAAUCAUAUGAAGAUAUAGCCAGAAAUCAAAAAUCUUUGUUUGAAAGUGCAAACGUAAAGAACCUAAUGCAUGAUACUACUAGUCGAUAUGGAGAAGUUGAUACACUGUCACAGAUUGAGCGGUUUGUGAGAAUUGCGAGAAGAGGACCACGAGUGAGUGUCAGCAGUGCUAGUGCGGCUAGCACCUCUGAUGCUGUAAGCAGUAAAAUAGAAGAAGAUGCAAGUAUUUAUUAUUCGGAUAUGGAGGAAUAG